UAAAUAUUAAAAGGUAAAAAGUUUGAACAAUAAUCACUAUUCUGCUUUUGGAGAGGAAUUAAAGAUUAUUAGAACAUUUAUGAUAUUACGGAUGCCGGAUCCGGACCGUAUUCGCGCGGGGUCAUACGGCCGUAAAUUUCGCAUGUAUUUUUAAGUACGGCCCGGAUGUUUAAUGCUACCGUAACUCCAUUUCUACUCGGGAAGUCGAAACUUUUCCGGAAGACCCUUCGUCGCCAUACUACUCGAGCCAUACGUAGGUAUAUCAACAAACAUUCAUAAACAUACGCACUUUUCCUCCUGCGCGACCGCAGUCCGCAAUGAGAAAUCGGCUCCGCAGCAUCAGCGCCGUACGCGGUAAUCGCCUGUACUUUCAUUCGCCGAUCGCUCGCUCGCAGCUCGCGCACGACACACACUCGACGCAGUUUGCGCUCGAAAUGAGACGCACGCGGAUCUGCGUGCAAUUGUGUUGCGCCGCUCGUGAAUAGGUAUGUCGCGUCGUGCGCAGUAGACGUAUAUAUGUCAAACAUGAUAGGCCAAGCGCGAACGUAAACAAAGAAAAGGCCAGAGUGCUUUCGUCUGGAGUAUCGAGGGAAAACGCGUGCUGUGCUCCACUUUUUAAUUAGCAGCGCAGUAUAGACACAGCUCGAUGAACUACGUGUGCUGCUACUGCUGAUUGACGGGAUAUAAGCACGUCGUUGUUGUUGUAUGGACAUAAUAACGACGGAGAAGAAAUGGCAAGGGCCAGUAGGGGAAUCCUCAGUCUGCGUUUCAAUCAGGAUCAGGGGUGUUUUACCUGCAGCAUGGAGUCAGGGCUCAGGAUAUACAAUGUGGAGCCUCUGGUCGAGAAGGCCCACUUUGAGAAUCAGCUCAUGGGCAGUAUCGCCAUAGGAGAGAUGCUCUGGAGGACCAAUGUCAUCGCUGUGGUCGCUGGCGGCACCAGACCAAAGUAUGCCGACAACACGGUACUCAUAUAUGAUGACUUGGCCAAAAAAUUCAUCAUGGAAAUAACCUUCACAAGUUCUAUCAAGGCUGUAAGACUGAGAAGGGACAAACUCAUAGUCGCAUUGCAAAGAGAGAUACACGUGUUCUCUUUUCCUUUACCCACACGUAGACUGUUUACUCUGGAGACUAGAGAUAAUCCCAUGGGAUUAGUAGAAAUUGCGACGUUAGCUACAGCACACAAACAGUUGCUGGCAUUUCCCGGUCACAAGCUAGGCAGUGUUCAAUUAGUUGAUCUUGGAGCUACCGAAGCUGGAACUUCAAGUGCACCGACUACUCUGGCUGCUCAUCAAGGUGCUUUGGCAUGCUUGGCUGUGAAUGCUAAUGGAACAAAAGUAGCAACAGCUUCAGCUCAAGGAACCCUUGUCAGAGUCUGGGAUAGUAUAAGCAAGCAAUUGCUAGUUGAACUGCGUAGAGGUGCUGAUCCAGCUACUGUAUAUUGCAUUACGUUUAGCAGGGAUUCAGAAUUUUUGUGUGCAUCAAGUGACAAAGGAACAGUUCAUAUUUUUGCACUUAAAGACACACAUCUAAAUCGCAGAUCAACCUUCUCAAAGAUGAAAUUUUUAGGAAAUUAUGUGGAAAGUCAAUGGGCUUUGGCCACUUUUACCGUACCUCCAGAAUGUGCCUGUGUCUGUGCUUUUGGCACUCGUAGUUCAGUAAUAGCUGUCUGUAUGGAUGGUACUUUCCACAAAUAUGUUUUUACAUCAGAUGGCAACUGCAAUCGAGAAGCAUUUGACGUCUUUCUUGAUGUUUGUGAUGACGAAUUUUAAAAUUAUAGACUACUGUGAAAUAAUGUACAGUUUUAUUUGAUAACGAAGAAAAAAUACAUUGAUUAUUUUAUAUAUACAUCACUGGAUGUUAUAUUAUUGUACAAUAAAUUACAUCUUAACAAGCA